CAUGAAUGAAAUAGGUAGUAAUUCUCAUCAUGUUUAAAAAACAAGAUAAAUUACAUCUAGAUAAUUAAAUCUUGAUCUAAGAAUGCGGAGUUUUUAGAUAUCUAGAGUAAGAAACUGUCUUCUAAAUGUGUAGUGCCAAAACUAGCGAGGGAGUUCAAGAAGGAAUUUAAAAAUUAAUAAACUUUAUAAAAAAAUAAUAAAAACCAAACAUCCCAUUACACUCAAAAAAAUAGCAACAAAGAAAAAUAGUAGUAUGAUAGUUAAUUCACAAAUACAAAUCUAAAUCUAACUUUACCCAAUUUUUCACAGGGUAAAGGUUGUAUUACAAUAACUGUUAUUUUUUUUGGAUUUGCUUUUAGUUAUUGCUUUAGCCUCCAUUUGUAUUAAUUAUACUACCUUUCAUUAGUGUUUUUCACACAUGUAAUUGCUUAAGCUUUCAAUAUAAGGAGGAUCUAAUCGGAUUAUUUGA